GGUGAUACCAAGUACGGAACCCUCAUCGGCCAGGAUCGCUUCGGCAACAAGUACUACGAGAACACGGAGGAACUGCCGCUCCGAACCCGCUGGGUCGACUACGUAAAGCACGACUACGAUGCCGCCCACAUCGAGCCCGGCUGGCACGCCUGGAUCAGCUACUCCGUCGACAAGCCCCCGACCCAGGACAGCCUGAUCGCCACGGGCACCAGACACUUUGAGCCCGCCCUGCCCAAGCCCAACUUCACCGGGACACGGGGUGCCUACAAGCCGUAUAACACGUGA